CUUGCCGGCUUUUUGUUUAUUGUCGCAAAAGCUGUGAUAUGGCGGCUUCUCCGCCGUCCUGUCCGGCCUGGGUGAACCGCCUAGCCGAGUUCAGAAAGAUACGGGGCAAGCCGACCCCAGUGAGGCUUCCUCGGUCCCUGGUGCUGGCCAACCAGGUCUCGAACCGGCGCCUGAGGUUAGGAGAGGCAUCAUGCAUCACGGAGAUGUCUUUAAUGAUGGCCUGUUGGAAGCAGAAUGAGUUCAGUGACACAACUUGCGCCCAGGAGAUCCAGACAUUUUUUGACUGUUCUGCAAAGGCAGAAGCAGAACGCAAGGAGAGAAUUCGACAACAACUUCUGGGCCAAUCAGAAAAUCUUGAUUCAAAACAAGUCAACAAAUUACUAAAGAGGUUUCCAAACAUUACACACAAUUAUUAAAGAGACUUGCUUCCCCAAGCAUUUGUGAACAUCAGGAGCCAAAUUCACUACUUGUUUAUCAGUCUAUUUGAAGUGAAGGGGAAAUCCCCUACAGCAUUUUAUAGUGGUUUUUGACUAAAGACCUCUGUUGAAGAUGAGAUGAAAACCUAAAGCACCCUCUCAUAUGAAGCUUUUUCAAGUAGAACUUUUGCUUGAAAUGUUGCUCAAGUAGCAUAUUUUUGAGUCUUCAGUGAAAUAAAGUCUUUUAUGAUAUUGUA